AUGUAUGGGCUGUAUCUCGAGGCUGUUAAUGAUUACAUUAACGAAUCGUACGGUGAGGACGUGUGGAGGCUGAUCGAGGCUCGAGCAGAGAUCCCACACCUCAAGUUUGUCAGACACCAGAUGUACAAUGACAAUCUGAUCUUGCGCUUAGCUAAGGCGGCUGGUGAGGUCCUGGGAAAGACUCACGAUGAGUUGAUGUACGCCUUUGGGGUUUAUAUGGUUAAACGCAUCGGAAACUAUGGUUACGAGAGGAUCCUCAAGGUGCUGGGCAGGAACGUGCGGGACUUUAUAAACGAGCUGGACAACCUGCACGAGUAUUUCCGCUUCUCGUUCCCCAAAGUGCAGCCGCCGAGCUUCUGUGUGGAGGAGGAGUGUGAACGCAGCCUUACUCUGCACUACAGGAGCACUCGAAAGGGAUUCACCCAGUUUGUCAAAGGCCAGCUCUCCCAGGUCGGCCGUCAGUUCUACAACACGAACAUCGCGGUGGAAAUCCUCUCGAAGGAGGAGACGGAAAAAAUGACCUACGUGGUGUACAAGAUGAACUUCGACAACGCUGCCUUCAAGCACCGCAUGCCCCAGCAGAAGGCGGCGCCCGGCUACAAGAAGCUGCCCAUGAAGAGGAGCAUCUUCUUCGAAAUGUUCCCCUUCAGCGUGAUCUUCCGAAGGGACAUGACCAUGUACCGCAUCGGGGACGGGCUCAAAGAGGUCUUCUCGGAUCUGCAAGGGAAGAAAGUCAACGAUGAGUUCACCCUCGUCCGUCCCAUGCUGGAGUUCAACUGGGACAAUAUGUGCACCCACCUGAACAAUGUGUUUGAGCUGAUGUCCAAGGCAGUGGUGGAGAGCAAACACAAGCUGGGCAGCGCCAAGAAUGUGAAGGGGAAUGAGGAGUGUGGCUCUGACCCCGAGUACAGCAGCUCCUCAUAUUACAGCAGCAGUAACCUCCCUGUGGAGGAUAUUGAACUGCUGGCGUUCCAGACCAUCACAGGACGCUGCAAUGAUAAGAUUUUUGAGGACAUACGGGAACCUCCGAAGAAACCUCUCCACCUGAAGGGACAAAUGAAGUAUGUUCCCCAGUGGGACUCGCUCAUCUUCCUGGGUACCCCCAUCAUAGAGACGGUGGAGGACAUGAUAAAGAUGGGGGUUUAUGUGAACGACCUGAAUCUCCACGACUCGAGCCGGGAGCUGAUUCUCGCCGGAACUCAGCAAUCAGCAGAGCUCCAGCUCGCUCUCGACCAGGAACAGCAGAAAUACGCUCAGCUUCAGGAGAUCAUCAAGAAAUUAGACGAGGAGAAAAAGCGUGGGGACUCGCUGCUGUACGCCAUGAUCCCCAAAGCCGUGGCUGACCGUCUCCGUAAAGGCGUGACCGCCCUCGAGACCUGUCAGGUUUUUCCUGAUGUGACAAUCCUGUUCAGUGAUGUGGUGAAGUUUAAUGAGAUCUGUAUGCACAUCACCCCCAUGCAGGUGGUGGACAUGCUCAAUGAGAUAUACAUUGUGUUUGAUACCCUGAGCGAGAAGCAUAAUGUCUAUAAGGUGGAGACAAUCCGCGAUGCUUAUAUGGUUGUGGCUGGGGUCCCCAACAAGACCACCUUCCACGCCCACCACAUCUGUGACAUGGCGGUGGAUAUGCUCAGUUCCAUCGAUCACCUCCGAGACCCUUCAACCGGGGACAACAUCCAAAUCCGCGUUGGAAUCCACUCGGGGAUGGUUGUAGCCGGUGUGGUGGGUGUGAUGAUGCCGCGAUAUUGUCUGUUUGGAGACACAGUGAACACAGCUUCUCGCAUGGAGAGUAACGGAGUGGGGAUGCAAAUACACAUCAGUCAAACUUCCAAGGACCAUCUGGAACAUGAGCCGUACAUAAUCGAGGAACGGGGGAAGAUAUUUGUGAAGGGGAAGGGCUAUAUGAAGACAUAUUGGCUGAAAGGCAAGCAGGACCUCUCCGCUGCCAUGUCUCAUCCCGGGGACCAGGACAGAGCGAAUGAGGACAGCACCUCGAGCACAAACGUCAUUGAGAAGACAGGAGGUGACCCUCAGGAUGAACCAGUGGCUACAGAGGAGAUAGCGCCCCCUACAGCCGAGAUGGGGAAGCCAUCAUUGGAAACCAAGAGGAGCAGGAAAUCCGAGGCCCUCGACUGCCCUGAUGCCCCCAGCCCACACACAGUGCCCCUCACCAGCCAUACCCACCGCCCAGUGCCAGGCCCGGUGUUUAGGAGCAUCACCUGCUCACUGGUCUGAGCCCUCUCUCUCCCUGUCGCCCAGAUAGCGCCCCCUGUGUACCCA